AUGUAUAACCAAGUGCCCUCUUUCCAACCUGUGCGAUUUAUCCCCUCGGCUGAAAAGGAAGACAUGCUGAAUAGCACUGUGCUAUUUCUCUACGCUGUUGGCCAUCAGCCACUUUCCGAGGGAGGCAACCACUGGUGCCUGUACCUAGGUGUUGGCGAUGGUAGGUCAGUGUGUAUUGAUGCUACGCCAUCUUAUAACGUUCCUGCCAUCAAGAUGCCGGGUGGAUUGAAGGCCUUUAUGCUUAUUAGCCUUUUAUCAUACAUCUACUCGGAACUUGCAGAAAAGGCUGUGAAAAUUCAAGUUCGGACUGGUACCAAAGUGAAGGAUUUCAUCGACUUGCUCCUACAGCACAAUCGCCAUCGGGCCGGGGCUGCAGGUAUUGGACGGACGAUCAAAUUACCCUCUUUCGAAGAUCGGGCCUCGUCGUGGAUCUCUCUCAAAUUAUAG